CUUUGUUAUCUUUUUGCUAAAGACCGUCCUAAACAACAACAACAAAAAACUGAAUAGUUCUUGAUAGAAGAAGAAGAGUCUCAACUCUCGGAGCAUCUGAGAAGUGGAAGAAACAGUACUUGGGUGGGGUAAACUCAUGCGGACAAGUCUCCCUUAAUUAGGUCUGGGAAUAUGAGUUUUUACCCGCGGGGUCCGGCCCGUUUGACCCGCCGCGGAGCGGAUGCGGGUCGAACAAUUUAGAAAAAUUUAUUCGCGGGUUAUGAGCAUUUUAUGCGGAGCGGAUGUGGAUUGGUAGUUUUGAAACGCAGGUAUCCACCAACCCGCAUUUUUAAUUUUUUUUUUAAUAUAUAUAUUUUUUUUCGUAAAAAUGUAUAUUUUUUUUUGUAAAAAUACAUAUUUUUAAAGAAAAUAUGAGAAUUUUAAAAAAUAAUAAAAAAAUAUUUUAAAAUAUUUAAAAUUUUAAUUAUAAAUAUAUUAUUUAUAUUAUAUUUUACAAAAAUUAAAUUAAAUUAAUAUUUUUUAAAAUAAAAAUAUAAUUCGCAGGUCCCGUGGGUUACCCGCAAAAUUAAGCGGGGCGAGUGCGGGUACAAAUUUAUUUGUUCGCGGAUUGUGCGGAUCGGAUUUUUUGACAAAAGAAAAAACUUUAUAACCCGCGGGUUGGCGGAUCAGCAGGGCGGGUUUGACCCGCAAUCCAGCCCUACCUAUAAUCAUUUCCAAUUUAGCCGACAUCUCUACUCUUGUGUAUACAUAUUUUCCCGUUCGCGAUCGUUUAUACCGUUGGAAUGUAUCAUAUGGAUAUAUUAUUCGUUUAACUAAGUUUUUUUUUUGACAAAUUGUUUGUUUAACUAAGUUGGUAGUUCUUUGUGUACCUACGUGUAUUAAUGUAUUAUUAGCUCUCUUUCUAGAAACAUAUUGCUAGCUAUAAAGAUGAAAAUUAGUGGAUAAAUAUUAGAAGAUGGAGCAAAGUAUGGACUAUGGAGACGUGCACUGGAAAUGAAGCAAAGUGUACAUCUACCAAAUCCUCUAGAUUGAGGGCAGAAGUUUGAAGAGCCAGUCUCCUAUUCACAAUCACACUAUAUACACACAUGUGUAUAUAUUGUAUAUUUGUAAAUAUUACUUUAACUUCUUUAUAUUAUACUAUUUUACACACGCACAAUGUUAUACAUAUACAUAUUUGUGUAUCUUUGUAAUGAAGAAGCAGGCAACAUCUUCCAUACUCUCUUAACAUUUUUACCAAAAAAAAAAAAAAAAAAAAAAAAACAUCUUCCAUACUCUUAAAGUAGACAUGGACAUGUUAAUGUCUCAUUGCCUAUAGGUAUUUUUAAGCACCUAACAUAGCCUCUUGCCUUAUAUUGACCAACUUGUUCAUAUCAGUCUCCAUCCUUUAUCUUCCAUUUUCAGCAUGCUAUUUCACAAAUGUGACAAAAAGAAAAGAAAAGAAAAUGCAAUAUUCCAAAAAUAUAUAUUAACAUAUGUAUAUGCUUAUUUUGCUAAAAAUCAAUUUCAAUAUUAACAGGGUUAGAAAUUUUGAAAUAUAUAAUAUUUUGUUGAAAGUAAAUGUAUUUUAUAAAAUUUUGGAUCACCUCUAGUCUAAGUAAAAAUAAAAGGUAUUAGCCUAUCAUGUUUGAUUUAUUGUUAUUAUAAAAAUACUCAUAAUUAUAUAUAACUUAUAAGUAAAUUAACUAAACAUAAUCUUACAUUUUCUUAUUUAAUAUCAGAGAAACUUUAAAUUACAUAUACAGAUAACAUAUAUUUUUGUAUUUUAAUUUUAUUAUUUAAAAAAAAUUAAAAUUAAAAUACAAAAAUAUAUAUAUGACUGAUAAUUGGAAAAUUGUUCUGUCUUCUAACUUCUCUUUUUCUAUACACUACCUAUUUUUUUGUUAUUUAUAUUCGAGAUAUAUAUAUACACACACAAUUAAAUUAUUAUAUAUUAUACAGUGUAUACACAUGCAGUUUGAUUAUUAUAUAACAUACACACAUUCACACAAUUUAAUUAUGAUGCUUAACCUUAUGUUUAUAAAGUACCCGUCCUUAACCUACACAAUUGUUUUUGCAAGUUCAUUAGCUUUAGUAUGUCGUAUUAUAGCCGCCAUUUUUGCGUGGAGGAUGAGGUCACAAGAUGCAUGUAUAAUUAUAAUUUUUAAAAAAACAAACUUAUAAUUUAUAAAAAAAUAAUUUUUUUUAUAAAAUUUGUUUUAUAAGAAGUUAUAGCACAUAAAAUAUUUAUAAAAUAUAUAAACUAGAGCACAUAGUUAUUAACACUGAAUGCAAUGGAUUAAAAAUGCAUAAAUAUUAGUGUUACUAUAAUCCAUUGCAUUCAGUGUUACUAUAAUUAUGUGCUAAAAAGCAUAAAUAUUAGAAUUUUGUUCCUAAGAAAAGUGGAAGAAGAUGAGAUGAGACCAAACAUAAUUGAGUUCCACCGAAAAGUGUAAAGAGGGGCGGUGAAAUUCUCAAAUAUGAUCAAACAGUGGUGUUUCUGAGUAUGCAAUCAAUGAUGGUUGGUCGGUCAUAUAAAUAUAUAUUUAUAUUCUUGGUAAUUCAGUAAAUUAUUCACAUAUUAAAAAGAAUCAUUUGUACCUCACCUUUUCUAUAAUAUUAAAUACAUGAAAAAGAAUUGGGCCACUGAAGAAGCCGAAAGAGGUUAGAUAUAACCCACUCGCGGCCAUUCUCUUCUUGUUUUCUCUUUAAUAAAAAACUGAAACUAUGUAUAUAACUAUAUUUUAUCAUAACAAAUGUAUUUAACCUUUUCUCAAUUAUCUUCAGUGGAGAAUAAUUCUUUUUACAUGUUAUAUGUUUCGUCGUGUAUUGAAUAAACUGUCCCAAACUAUAAUUUAUAUACAUAUCCUCCAGAAAAGUUUUUCAAAGUGGGUAUAAACUAAAAUAAAGAGGAUGAGAGAUAUUGUAAGACCUCCUAGGGUGAAGAAAAAACCAUUUAAGAGAUGGCAUUUUAAGACAAACUUUAGGUGUGCAUAAGAACUUUAUUAUUGGGAGCUUUUCAUCCAGUUUUUUUUCUUUUUUGAGAAAUUUCAAAUUUUGCAUAAUAAGACACUCCAAAAAUUAUAAUCAAAUCUAUAUAUUAAAACCAAAAAUUGGAUUCAGUCCAAUUUGACAGUUGGUUUGAUUCAGAACCGCAAGCUUACAUGCCCACAUUCACCUUGGCUGCAACUAAAAUGUUAUUUUGUGGAAUAAAAUUAUUUAAAAUACAUUCCAUAAAAUUUCAUAAAAUAUUUACCAAUUACAAUAAAAUAUUUUUAAAAACAAUUCUACACGUUCCAUUUUGGAAAUAAAACAGAAAAAAAAUAUUUUGUAAAACCUAUUUUCUUACUCAGGAUUUUAAAUCCUCGUGAAUAAAUAGAAUGUAUAUAAUUUACUAAUAUCAUUUUUACAUUUAAUCCAUCAUUCCAUUUUUCUAUUUCACAAAUAAUCAUCCUUAUUAUUCGGUAUUCCUUAUUGGAAAAACAUGUUACAGCUAUUGCCUUAAACUGUACCAUAAGUAUACGUAAGAAUAUAUUAUUUAAAAAUUAUUAAGAUUAAAUUUUUUUUUGGUCUAAAUGUUAAAAUAUACAAAUAUUAAGAUUUAAUUGAUUUCUAAUAUCUGAUGUAGUCAAUCAUUUUCAUAUGAUGAGGAUAUGUAUUAUGUAAUUUUGAUUUUAGAAACUAGUAUUAAUGUAGAUACUCCCAUGCAUGCCGCAUCCAUAAUAAUAUUCGUUCCCGAAUACGUGGCCAUAAAUUUUCCCAAGGAUUAAACUCAAUUCAAAAUUACACCAAACGAUCAGUCUCAUACUAGAGAUAAACACCAGCAACCAAAAAGAAUAUUAGUUAAAAAAAAAAGAAAUGGAAACCAAACAAAAAGCCGCGGUAAACUUUACCUACACUACACUUGUUUUUUUUUUUUGAUCAAAACACUACACUUGUUUAAAUUAAAAUAACAUUAGGUUUCCACUUCCUAUAGCCCACGACGUUGCAGUAUAUAUAAAGGAACCAGGCUUGUCUGCUUUUGAUGCAUUAACAUUUCCAAGAAGCAUUCUAAACUUAGUGAGUGCGACUCUCUUCUUACACACUUUUUGUCCAACAUUCACCUCAAAAUCACCAAAAAUAAAAACAUUUUCAAUCCAAUGAAAAUGUUAAUUUCUUCUUAUACUCGCAACCAAAUCCUUUGUUUCAUCGCACUAAUUAUCACACUAAGCUCUUUAACUGAAUCUCGAUACCAUCACCACAAAGAGAAACACAAACACAAUAGCCAUAACCAUCACUCUUCAAAACCAGAACCACCUUCUUCCUCAAUCUCUCAGCCUCCUACUCCUCCUCCGGGCCCUGAUGACUCGCCGUCACCGUCACUACCACCGUCACCUUCCGACGACCCUGAAGAAGACGACAAUGGAGUCUACGACGUGAGAAAGUUCGGUGCGGUCGGAGAUGGUGUCGCAGACGACACGGAAGCAUUCAAAACGGCGUGGGACUCAUCAUGUAGCAACGGGAACGACACCGUUUCUGUUUUGCUUGUUCCUUACGGCUACACAUUUAUGAUCCAGUCUACUAUUUUUACCGGUCCUUGCCAUUCUUACCAAUUAUUCCAAGUGGACGGGACCAUUGUAACACCAGAUGGACCUGAAUCGUGGCCGAGCAAUAUAAGUAAAAGACAAUGGCUUGUUUUCUAUAGAGUCAACGGAAUGGCUUUGAAAGGCGCCGGAGUUAUAGAUGGCCGGGGACAGAAAUGGUGGGAUCUUCCCUGCAAACCUCACCGGACUGUCAACAUAUCUGCAAUUGUUGCUGGCCCUUGCGACAGCCCCAUUGCUUUGAGGUUCUUUAUGAGCUCGAAUCUAACGGUGGAAGGUCUACAAAUAAAAAACAGCCCGCAGUUUCAUUUCAGAUUCGACGGUUGUCAAGGAGUUCACGUCGAGUCCCUUCACAUCACUGCUCCGCCGUUAAGUCCCAACACUGACGGCAUCCACAUCGAAAACUCUAACUCCGUUACCAUCUACAACUCGGUCAUCUCCAACGGAGAUGAUUGCGUAUCUAUUGGUUCGGGAUCCUACGAUGUUGAUAUACGGAAUCUUACCUGUGGACCCGGUGGCCAUGGAAUUAGUAUUGGAAGUUUGGGCAAUCACAACUCACAUGCAUGCGUCUCAAACAUAACCGUCAGAGACUCGGUCAUAAAGUACUCCGACAAUGGAGUUCGGAUCAAAACAUGGCAAGGUGGGUUCGGUUCAGUCUCAGGCGUGACGUUCAACAACAUCCACGUGGAGUCAGUCCGUAACCCAAUAAUCAUUGACCAAUACUAUUGCAUGACCAAAGACUGUGCCAAUAAAACAUCUGCCGUUUUCGUAUCUGAUAUUACAUACCAAGGCAUCAAAGGAACUUAUGAUAUUCGAAGUCCUCCAAUGCAUUUUGGAUGCAGCGAUGCAGUUCCAUGCACGAAUCUAACUCUUUCGGGUAUCGAGUUGCUUCCAGAAAAAGGCGAAAUCGUUGUGGAUCCAUUUUGUUGGAAUGCUUAUGGAAUUGUGGAAGAGCUUUCGAUUCCUCCGGUUUGGUGUCUCAUGUCCGAUCCUCCCACGGCGUUGCAAGGUGCUCUUGUUGACAAGUGUGGUUCACCGUGAUUUGCAUAAUCGGAUCAAUAAUUGAUCUGUUAGGCUAUAUUCUAAACUCUUACGUGAUUUUAUAGGGAAAUGUAUAUAAGUGUGAGGAGAAUCAUUUUCUUGAUUCUUCGUUGAGGAGUGGCACAUUUUAUUUGCCUCUCCAAGUAUUUUUAAAUCGUGUUUAAUUUUCAUUUGAUGAUUUUUGUAAUGUGUGUUUAACUAUUGAUGGCGUGAUAUGAUUUAUAUAAAAAUAAGAUUGUGUUUUAUCUACGAUGUUAUACAUCCCUAUACGGACAGUUCUUUU